GAGUGCAUCGCUUUCUGGAGACUGGAACUUUGAGCGGCCGGUUAGUGGGCUAUGAUAGUGGUUGGUGUUGUGUGCUGAGUGAUACUUUUGUGUUGUGAUUUGUUUAUGAAUCAGAACUCUUUUAUUUUUCUUAAAAAGAAACUAACGAAAAGGUCAAUUAUUCAACGUCUAAUGUUUAGGAUAUAAUAUUUAAGGUCAUACAAAGUUCCUGUUACGCCGUCCGUCACGGCUUCUUAUUAAACAAAUAAUCAUGAUGAUUUUAUGAGGGCGACGCGACCUACGGAGUCGCUGUUGGUUGUUUACCUUCGAGAUGGAAUACUCGCAUUAUGUCGCGUGUGCGCUGCUGCUUCUGUGUCCACUAGCCCUUAGCAGGCACGAUGACGACUUCGCCUUCGACAACAACGAAGAAUUUCAGGUGGAGUUGACAGCCAAUCAUUCAGAGAUAGCAAAAAAUGGCCUAAGAAGGUUAUGGGGUGUUCCUGAUACAUCGGCCUACGUGGGACACCUAUUCAGAAUGGAAAUCCCUAAACAGGCCUUUUCUGGGGACGUGUUAGCAUAUAAGGUUAGAAGUGAAGACGGAAUACACAUGCCCAGUUGGCUUGCCGUGGAUACAAAGCACGGUUUGAUCAGCGGCGUGCCUCAGAAGCAAGAUCUGGGCGCCCAUACCUUCACUGUGAUCGCGCACGGUCGCACGCAUGGCUUGACCGCUACUGAUUCUUUCACUAUUGAAGUGAAGAAAUCGGACGAGAAGCCGCAAUCCAAGUACGGUACAUGUAUCCGGAACGAAAAUAGACUGGUGUUAGUGAUACUAAUAGAUGGCAACUUCCACAAAAUAACGUCUCGACAGCGGAUAAGAGCGCUCAUGGAAUUGGCCAGCUUUAUGGCGCUCGAUGGGGACGAGUUCUGGAUGGAGCCGUAUAAAGCAGAAUCAGCUCAAUCGCAUACAGUACUAAUGAGCGGUUCCGGAACAACGAAGAGGAGGAAAAGCGACGCGACUACCGCUAUCUAUUUGAACGUCGGUUGUGGAGAGAAAUUAUGGUCGCGACACAAAGUAUUGGUGGCAGGUCUCAGAGAACAGUCCCGGGAUGGUACCCUGUAUCAAUUGCUGCGACUGCCGGUACUUGGGUGGCGAUUAAUUAGUAUCAAACCGUUACCACGGCUUAAGAGACAGUCACCGCUCGACGAAGGUUCCGGAGCGUACGACACUUACGACGGGGAUGACGACGCCGACUACAGCGGGUACGACGUCGAAGAAGACGACGACUACACGAGCAACAUAGACGUCGGAGCCAUUCCUGACAUCGUGGACGAACCCCCCAACCCCCCGCACCCACACCGCCACCACCACGGCCAGCCCGACUUCGCGCCACACACCACCACCGACACGUUUCAGACCGAGCUCACCGACCCGCCGACGACGACCCCUCCACCUCCUCCUCCUUCCCAGCCGCCCCUCUCGACCCCCUCGUCCUCUCCCCCCGCUCUCCUUGACCCGACUCCCUCGCAAGCCGCGACGCUUCCCACAGAGGAAUACACGCGCUCGGAGACUCCUGACUCCGCCUCUACUAAUACGUAUACCACGGAGGAUCACAAAGUGAAAAUAACUCCAUACUCGGAGUCUGCAUCCGAAUCGACAAACAUCAAAUUCUCGAAGGAACCGAUAGCAGUGAACCCUCGUCUAUUAGUAGAAGAGCAUUCCCCUAUCGUAAUAGUACCAGAGGAAAUAACCACAUCCACGGAACCGGAACAGCAGACCGUUAUAAUACGCGCAUCAAACGAACUACCGCCUGUGUCGUCUGAAACACCGACAUCGCCCUCACCCACCGAAGAAACCGUAACAGAAUCGAUGACCACUCCUUCAACAACAUCAAGCACUACCACAUCAACAUCGACAACGACAGAAACAACAUCAACUUCAACAACGACGUCAACAACGCCGACACCCACAACGAUUGUGUCCAUUCCAACAACAAUUCCAACUACGACUCCAACACCUGAAAUUACCACUCAGGAGGUUACCAAGCAGGAGAUUAUAACAUCGACGGAGAGAUCGAGCACAGUAAUCGGUAGGACGACAGAAACCGUUCCAUUCCCGAUGCCCGUCAACCAACCUCCCACGCUCAAACAUCAUAUGAAGAAACUAGCGAUCACCGCCGGCAAAGCCUUCAGAUAUAUCAUACCAGCCGACUUGUUUACUGAUCCAGAAGAAGGAAGCAACCUUACAUUCACUAUGUAUGAAGCUGAAAACGUCCCGCUAAGCAAAAACUCUUGGAUUCAAUUCAUUCCUUCUGAACGAGAAGUCUAUGGAUUACCAUUAGAAGCGCACGUGUCUCGCUGGAACUUCAUCGUAGAAGCACAAGACAGCGAAGGUCUCCUCGCUCGAGGGCCGUUAGACAUCACAGUGCAGCAGCACAAGAGCGGACGGACUAUUAACCACCAGUUCAUCAUGCAGUUCAAACUCCUGAAACAGUUCAACAACGUCAUCGACUGGCAAAUCCGCGCUCUCGAGGGAAUCGUCAAUCUCUUCAGGGACACGGACAUGGAUCACUUGACGGUUCUGAACGCGACCCAGAACGGGGACCUGUACGAGUUCGUGUGGACGAACGAUACGCUGCCGAAAGACCCCGCCUGCCCCAUGGACGACAUCAACAGGCUCAUGAAGAUAAUGGAGUCGCCGGCGGGGCCGGGCGCGCCGUCGGCGGGGCUGUCGCGCGCCAUGUCGCCGGAGCUCGCGGCGUCGGGCGUGCGCUGGCGCGGCGCGGGGCGCUGCGCGGCGGCGCGCGGCCCGGCGCGCGCGCCCGACACCUACCCGCCCGUCACGCGCAACCAGGUCGACCACCUCACCGCCACCGUGGGCCACCUGCUCGUCUACAAGGUGCCGGAGGAUACAUUCUUCGAUCCAGAGGACGGCGGUACUCGCAAUCUGCAAUUAUCUCUUAGAUUCAGCGACCGCUCCGAGAUCCCCGCGACCCACUGGUUACAGUUUGAUGCACGUAACCAGGAAUUCUAUGGCCUGCCUACAUCUAACGAUGAAAGAAGCGUCCAUUACCAGCUGAUCGCGGAGGACUCCAGCAAGAAGAGUGCUUAUGACAGCUUGAUAGUAGAAGUGGCGAAGGCACCAACGAUCCGUCCGACCGUGGAAUUCCAGAUGACGAUGGACCCGUCGCCCAACCUCGUGGACAGCGCCACCAACAAGCGCAAGGUCGUGGAGAAGUUGGCGGCUCUGUUCGGGCAGAAGGAGACCGACAAUAUCCGGAUACAGAGCAUCACGGACAAUCCUACUACCAUCAUUUGGUACAACACAAGUCUACCGAUGGACAGGUGUCCCAAGAGAGAAAUCGAGGAACUGCGUAAAAUGAUUAUAGUUGACGAACGGGGAGCUAUUGGGGGAAACCUCAGAGAGCAUGUCGAUCAAAUAUUUGACAAAGAUCUCAAGGUUAUGUCCAUACGUCUCAUUCCUCUCGGACUUUGUGCCGAUCAGAACACCAAAACAACAAAGGCCUUAGUCCCGAUACAGCCCGGUACGAAUUCGCAAAACAAAGCAACGAACGCAAGUCCAGAAUAUUCCGAUUACUUGGUGACGUUCGUUAUACCGGCCAUCGUGAUCGUGUGUAUGAUCGUCGUUGCUGGAAUUAUCGCAUGCGUUCUAUAUAGAAGACGGCGAACCGGUAAAAUGAGCGUUGGCGAUGAAGAGGAACGUCAAGCGUUCCGUUCGAAAGGAAUACCUGUGAUUUUCCAAGAUGAACUCGAAGAAAGAGCUGAUGCGGAACCAGCUGACAAAAGCCCCGUCAUCAUGAGAGAGGAGAAACCGCCACUAUUACCCCCUGCGCCUGAAUACCGUUCGGGGGAAGACGCACCCUACCGCCCUCCGCCCCCCUUCGCCGCAUCUCGUACACCUCCACGCCCUAAAGCGACCCCAACAUACAGGAAGCCACCUCCAUACGUCCCACCCUAAAACUGCCUACGUCCAAUAGUAUAGAAACCCGUUUACAUUGCGUAGCUAUAGGCGAAGCUAGAAAAGUCAGAUCGAUCAUCUCUGAAAUUCAGUAAACUCGUAAAACACGGCUUUGAUGGUUGGCUUAAGAAUGGAAGACUUAUUAUAAAUUCUCUUUUACCCCAUCACAAAUAUAUCCUAGCUUCUCUAUGUACGUAACACGUCGAGCGGGUCAAAAUAUUGUUUCUCAAAUUUUGUUAAUAAGAAAACUAGUCGACCCAUUCGUUUACACAUAUUCGAUUAUUAUUUUCGUGAAUUAAUUCGGUUCUUUCAAUAAUACAUAGUAUAUUUAACGAGCAUUUACGAAAAAGUAAUGUUAUGAAUGCAUUUAUUACGAAAAUUAUUGUAAACGUAAGAUAACGUGAACGAACCUCAUAUCGACUAAAAAGGAAUUGUGCACAAUUAAAUGUGACUACGAAUUUCUUAUAUUGUAAGUUACGUCACGAAGUAGUUUUUGAAGCGUAGUUGUAUGCGUAUAUGUAUGAUGUUAAAGUGUAAAAAAAGUACUUCACAAUAAAUGCUACAUUAGAAUGUUAUUGUUGAAGUAGGUAAUGUUACAUUGGCUAUACGGCGUCGUUGUACGAAUAUCUUUACAUUUUUAAACAGAUGAAUAAAAUAUAUACGUGAUAAACUAAUCGAAAGAUAUCAUGAAACAAUAAUAUAUAAAUAAAUAUUUAAGGCUAGACCAAAAACAGUUCGAUACGUGUGUUGGCUAAAUGCGUGCCAUUGUUUGAGAAAUGUUAUGUAAUAAUGUAUUUUAAUAAACAUAUCGAAAAUGUAACAUUAGCCUUUAGCUUAGUUCUUCCAUACACAAAUAUAUUAGGCUGUACGUGCGUGUAUGUGAACGUAGAACAGAAAAUGAUGUAUUAGAGAGGUUAUAAAACUAAGACUAAAUAAAAGCACACACGUUUAUAAUCUCUACAAAUGGGAAGCGAUGUUUCGCAUAUUUAAUUUAAUAGACGCUCCGGUAAUAUGGAGCAGGAAAUUACGAAAUAUUUGCCGUUAGCUAUUUUUUUUUAUUGGUCAAUAAAAUUGCUCACGCAAUUAUUAAAAUUAAAUAUACAAGAGUAAGUUAAAACUUAUAAUACAAUUAGCUGGCGUGUACAUUAUACAAUAACAUGUGUUAUACAACUGAAUUUAGUUUUAGGCUACGAAUAGAUAUUUUUUAAGACUAAAAUAUCAUUUUGUACUUGUCUAAUUAUUACCAUAGGCGUAAGAUUAAUCAGAUUAUGUAAACGAUAGGGAAUUAAACGAAAUGAGCUAUAAAAUAACUUUUACUUUGGAUGUAUUUUUUUCUACUGUAUACUCAUUUAGAAUUUUUGCAUUUAUAGAUGUUUUUAGUCGUAUACAAUUUUAUAGAUCAGCUAAAAUUUUCUUUUAAUUAUAUUAUAUUUUUAUUUCUCAGUAGUUGUACUUAAUAAUGUCCAUAUAAAACCGAACCAUUUUAUUAUAAUUUAAUAAUAUACUUAUGUAUGACAAAUAUUAUUUUUAAACACUUCACAUCAAAACGCACAUAAUUUAUGUAAUUAUUGAGUUUUUCUAAUUUAAUAAAAUGGUCUAGUGA